GGUCUGCUCACGCUCGCCCAGGCCCUUCCCCUCCCUCGGUUUCGGUUGGUUGGUUCGCCGUCGCGGGACAAGGAAGGGGAGAUAGAUGGCCGCCGCCGCUGCGGCGAGCAUGGGGGUCGUGCGGGAGGUCCUGGGCCCCGACGUCGUCGAGGAGGUGGACCAGCCCAUCAUCGACUACAUCGCCAACGUCCUCGCCGACGAGGACUUCGACUUCGGCGCCCCCGACGGCCACGGCAUCUUCGAAGCGCUCGGAGAGCUCCUCAUCGACUCCGGGUGCGUCUCCAGCCAGGACCACUGCCUCCAGGUCUGCAGUAAGCUUUGCGAAAAGUUUGGGAAGCAUGGUCUCGUGAAACCCAAACAAGCUGUGCGUAGCCUUGUUACACCGUUACGUAUGAAUGCGGGGAUGGACGACGAUGUUGCUCCGAAAAAGCAACCUGAAGUAUUCGAGGGACCGUUGCUAUCUUCACGUGAUAAAGCCAAGAUUGAACGGAAAAAAAGAAAGGAUGAGAGGCAGAGAGAGGCACAAUAUCAAAUGCAUGUCGCAGAGAUGGAGGCACUUAGGGCUGGAAUGCCUCCUGUAUUUGUAAAUCACAAUAAUGAUGGUGGGCCAGCUGUUAGGGAUAUACAUAUGGAGAACUUCAGUGUCACUGUUGGCGGCCGUGAUCUUAUUCAGGAAGCCACUAUAACACUUGCUUUUGGAAGGCACUAUGGCCUUGUUGGAAGAAAUGGUACUGGAAAGACAUCUUUCCUCAGAGCUAUGGCGAUGCAUGCAAUUGAUGGUGUUCCCAAAAACUGUCAAAUAUUGCAUGUUGAGCAGGAGGUCGUGGGUGAUGACACCACGGCUUUGCAGUGUGUUCUGAAUGCUGAUGUUGAACGAGUUCAACUUCAGCAGGAAGAGGCCCGUCUGGUUCAACAACAGAAAGACCUAGAGAUUGAGGCUGAGUUCGGGCAGGGCUCGGGCAAGAGCAAGGGUGAUCUUGACAAAGAUUCUAUCAGCAAGAGGCUUGAGGAGAUAUAUAAACGGCUAGAGUUUAUCGAUGCAGAUGCUGCAGAGGCUCGCGCUGCAUCGAUUUUGGCGGGUCUUAGUUUCACUCCAGAAAUGCAACGCAAACGUACAAAAGAGUUUUCUGGUGGAUGGCGCAUGAGAAUAGCUCUAGCACGUGCUCUUUUCAUUGAGCCUGAUUUACUACUACUCGAUGAGCCAACAAACCAUCUUGAUCUUCACGCUGUGUUAUGGCUAGAAACGUAUCUCCUGAAGUGGCCAAAGACAUUUAUUGUUGUAUCGCACGCUAGGGAGUUUUUGAAUACGGUUGUCACCGACAUUCUUCAUCUACAUGGUAGAAAGCUACAUGCAUACAAAGGUGACUAUGACACAUUUGAGAGGACUCGGGAAGAGCACCUUAAGAAUCAGCAGAAAGCCUUUGAAACAAAUGAGAAAGCCAGAUCCCACAUGCAGGCAUUCAUUGACAAGUUCCGGUAUAAUGCAAAGAGAGCAUCGCUUGUUCAAUCAAGAAUCAAGGCUUUGGAGCGAAUGGAACAUGUUGAUGCAGUUGUCAGUGAUCCAGACUAUAAAUUUGAGUUCCCAACCCCAGAUGAUCGCCCUGGACCACCAAUCAUUAGCUUCAGUGAUGCCUCGUUUGGUUACCCUGGAGGGCCUACUUUGUUUAAGAAUUUGAAUUUUGGUAUUGACCUCGACAGUCGUAUAGCAAUGGUUGGUCCUAAUGGCAUUGGCAAGUCUACUAUACUGAAAUUAAUAUCUGGAGAUCUGCAGCCAACUUCAGGAACAGUAUUCCGCUCCCCCAAGGUCCGCAUGGCUGUAUUCAACCAACAUCAUGUUGAUGGGCUUGAUUUAACUGUGAAUCCCCUUCUGUACAUGAUGAGGUGCUAUCCGGGUGUACCUGAGCAGAAGUUGAGGGCACAUCUGGGUUCCUUUGGUGUUUCAGGAAAUCUUGCCCUCCAACCUAUGUAUACCUUGUCAGGUGGUCAGAAGAGUAGGGUUGCAUUCGCGAAAAUCACCUUCAAGAAACCACACAUUAUACUUCUCGAUGAGCCUUCUAACCAUCUGGAUCUGGACGCAGUCGAGGCGCUCAUCCAAGGUUUACUGGUGUUCCAGGGUGGAGUGCUAAUGGUGAGUCACGACGAGCAUCUCAUCACUGGAAGCGUGGACGAGCUUUGGGUGGUGUCGGAGGGCAGGGUGACCCCAUUCUCAGGCACGUUCAAGGAUUACAAGAAGCUGCUCAAGCCUUAGAUGAGCCUGGAGAAUGCCUUUCUUCCGUGCGCAGACGCUGAAACCUAGAAGAGCGAUGCAAGGAACACAAAGUAAAGCAGCCAACAGCUUUGAGUGGUGUCCAGUGUUUAUCCUUUGUGCUGUGAACUGAGGCGACAUGUGUACCUCUCUCUGCAAUGUAUCAUUUUUGGAGUCUAAAAUAAACGCAGGAGUUUUGAUGUGAGGUUGGUUAUGCUUAGGCAUGGAUGGAGAGAGUUGUUAUUGAUUGGCUUUUCUUGUGCGGUCUGCAUGGAAGGUCUGUUGACAAUUUCGAGUGGAACUGCCUGCAUAGAAAGAGGGGGGCUGAGGCUGACCGAGUGAAAAAAGAGGUAGAAAAUAAAAAAGGGACCUGCGUGCCACUUGCUACUAGUACUCUAGCAGCAGCAGGAGGUCUUGUCUUAUCUUCUCGUGAGUGGACGUUUGGUUUGACCAACAAACUCACUUUCCCCCGCCGCCUGCCGCCAAACCCUAGAUCGCCGGCGGCCAUGGAGAGCUGGGCGACCUGGGUCGGGACCAGCGUGGCCUCCGCCUUCUUCGCCUCCCUCGAGCGCUGCUCCUGCAUCAACCUCUCCACCGACGACGACGACGAGGAGGAGGAGGAGGUCCUCUCCUCCGCGCCCCGCCACGACGACGACUCCGCCGCCUCUAAGCCCACCGACCUCAGCCCCCUCCCCGAGUCCAAGGGCCAGGACCAGAAGCAAGAGCAGCCGCCCCUGCCGCCCGUAUGAAUACUCCUCUUGUCUUAUGGUGUCGUUAGCUCUACUAUACUAGCUGCUGUGCUCUUCUCUUGGUUGCCAAAUAAGCCGUGUGCUCUUCUCUUGUGUGCAAUGCAGCCCCCUUAUCUGUCUUGUGCCCCUUAUGGCAUGGCGUGUGAAUAUCUGAUUUGUAGCCCUGCCUGUCGUUUCAAUUGACUCAAUAUAUGCA